AUGACGGCCAUAAACGACAGCCAAGUCAAAAUCCUCGAACAAACCCGCCAACGCCUUCUGCACCUGACGCAUUCCCUCGACUCACUCACGGGCAGUUUACAUCACAGCGAUCCUUUGCCUUCAUGGUCCUCUCUCCAAUCGCAAGCAAGCAUCAUAUCCAACAACCUAAUCAACAUCUGCUCGCAACUCGCCGAGCAUCAAGAACUCUUGUCGUCUCUAGUCGCAUACCCAGCCCCUUCAUUUCCGGGGAAUACGCAACAGGGUGUUCUCGAGCAGUUAUUGCGCACGAAGCUUGAUCCCAGAGUCGACGAUUGGGUUACGCGCGGUCGAAUUGCGGGCACAGAAGCUAGCAGCGGUAAUGAUAAAGAUAGCGGCGAAGGUGCUGCCAGUGGAGAAAGACUUAGCGAAGCUGAUCUAGCAGAAUUGUGGUCCUGGGCCCCCAUCGAAGCAAACGCCGAAGCUCGACGACGGAACUGGGGCGGGAAUUAUACGCUUGAAGAAAAAGAGGCGGGCAUUCAGAAUGUUGUCACUGGCCUCAGGCGGGCGCUGCCAGAUGAUGAUGACGAUGAAGAUGACGACGAGGAUGAGGAUGAGGACGAGGAGUUUGAGGAUGUAGAUGAAGAUGGGGGAGAGGAGAUGGAGAUUGUGGGUGUGCAUACGAGACCUGGGGCUGGCGGCGUGGAGUUUGAUAUUGCGAGGAAUAGAGAUCAUGUACCGAGUGCAGCGGCUUCGCCAGCGAUUCCGCUGGAUGAGGUUUUUCGGUUUAUGAUGACGGGGGCGAGGCCAAAGUCUGGUCCCUGA